AUGGCCUGCACAUCCACACUGGCCAUGAUAAACCGCACCCUUGACCCGGACGGUGUUCAAAAUCGAGCGAAACGGGUGUUGAAACGCCGUGUCUUCAAAACCCCCGGACCCAACUUCAUAUGGUCGGCCGACGGACACGACAAGCUCAAGAAGUUUGGGAUAACCAUCUAUGGGUUCAUCGAUGCCUGGAGCCGGAAAAUCUUGGGGCUAUUUGUGCAUGUGACCAACAACGACCCUCGUCACAUUGGAUACUACUACCUCCAGCUGGUCAAACGAGAAGGUGGGAUCCCACGACGUACCACAACCGACAAGGGCACCGAAACCAUCCAAAUGGCAGGCCACCAAAUCAACCUCACCGAGGAAUUCAACCUCGAGUGCGCAGACCCCAGCCAGUCACACCUCUUUACCAAGAGCGCUCACAAUCAGAAGAUUGAGUGUCUCUGGUCUCAGAUGAUGAAGCAAUACAACUGUCAGUUAAUCAACCACCUGUUCGAAGCCAUCGAGAAGGAUUGCUAUGAUCCAAAUGACCCGGUUGAGUAG